AUGUACCAGCCGUUGAAUGACCUUGGUGUCAAUUUCUUCAUGACAAACUUUAUUGUGGACGAUCCUGCCAUGUCCCUACUGGAUUACCUGCCUGAUUUCUACGCAAAGACGGCUCACUCCGAUCCUGCUUUGCCGCAAAUAUGUGCAGCUGUUGGUCUGGUUGGUCUGGUCAACAAAUCUCAUAAUAGGGACAUGCUCAGUGCCGCCACGCACAACUAUGGUGCUGCAAUCCGGGCUAUCAACAAUGCACUGCCGUGUGCAAAGAUUGCAGUUCAGGACUGCACAGUCGCAUCGAUUUAUCUGGCACCGAUGUUUGAGGCGUUGGUCCUUCUAAGACGCGCAGGUAUGGACAAUGCCAGUAUCCAUCUAGCUGGCGCCGUUUCUGUCGCACACUUGAUCCUGCAGCAGCAGAAACAGACUGAAGUUACCAUUAAGCUAUAA